AUGGCUGAAGCUGCUGCAUCUUUAACAGAUGUAACUCAACCAAAACUUCUAGCUAUUUCAUUUAUAAGUUCACAUAAAGAAAAAUCUUUACUUAUAUAUGGGAUAUGUACGCUUAAUGAAUGUUCAGCUAAAGUGCAUACUGAUUUAUACCGUCAAUUGUUUAAAACGAUUGGCGAUCAUAAUCAUCGUCCGAAGAAAGAGAAACUUAAAGUUCAUGAAUUUCGUGAAAAAGUCAAACAACGAGCAAUAAAUGAAACAACACCUAUUCCACGUAUGUUCUAUUUACUAUUUCAGAGCCGUUUUAACCGCCGAGUACAAGUAAAUCAUACAAAUCUUUGGUCAUUCAUAAAAUUUCAACAAGAUGAAGAAGUUCAUUUUCAUCAUAUGUCUGUUCAGUUCACUACAGGUUCAGAAGCUAGACCAAAACAAGCUAAAACAAUUGUUAUUCAACGUCGUAUAGCUAAUCUUGAUGAACGAUAUUAUGACGGUGUUAUAAAUGCUAUGGAAUACUUGGAUGGUUUAUCAUUUACAGUUGCUAAGCAGAAAAAGUGA